UUUAAAGUAAAGGAAUAAAUGUUGCCGGCUGCAUUUACUGAACACACCCAAAAUGUGCAUCAGCUGAUUUUGCUGCAGAGCAAAGAAUUUCCAACACAAUUACCACCUAUAAUGUACACACUACUACAUGGCUUCUACAAAUACCUCACACAAAAGGAGGAGUACUGUGUGGUCAUAUUGGGACUGGACAAUGCUGGGAAAACGACUUAUUUGGAAGCAGCGAAAACCAAAUUUACAAAAAAUUACAAAGGCAUGAACCCGGCAAAGAUCACUACAACGGUAGGCCUGAACAUUGGUACAAUCGAUGUGGCUGGGGUACGACUAAAUUUCUGGGAUUUAGGCGGACAACAAGAACUACAAUCCCUUUGGGAUAAAUACUACCAGGAAUCACAUGGCGUGAUUUAUGUGAUAGAUUCGAAUGAUCGCGAACGCAUGGAGGAGUCAAAGGCGAUUUUUGACAAAAUGAUUAAAAACGAGUUGCUCUCUGGCGUACCACUAUUGAUUCUAGCCAAUAAACAGGAUUUGCCCGACGUAAUGGGUGUACGUGACAUUAAACCAGUUUUUCAACAGUCUGGAGCGCUCAUAGGUCGACGUGACUGCCUCACCAUGCCAGUAUCAGCGCUCACAGGUGAAGGUGUGAAUGAAGGCAUUAAAUGGCUGGUUGAGGCUAUCAAACGCCAUUCCAUAGUGCGACCGCCCAGAGAAAAUGAUUGAUGUUCUGAUUAGGGGAUCAAUUGCAGCUUUAUAAAGAUACGAAACUUGUGUAAAAAUGUAUGUACGUAUAACAAGUUCUACUGUAAAAUGUUCUUUAUUAUUGAGGGUAAACACUUUCAUU